AGUUUUUUUAACGGCCAGUCAGCAACAUACUAGACGCCGCAUCAGCAGCAGCUACACAGUCAGCCAGCAGCAGCUCUAUACUACUCCAUCUAGCCAGCAACAAGAGGGGCUAGAGAUUCUCUGAUGAGAUCGAGGCGUUUGGACAACAACCAAAGACGACGACGACAAUAUUGCGGGCGCGACGGACAGACGGACGGAUUCUAUACAAAAUCGAGGAGCAUAGCCAGCAACACAACAGAGCGCUGCUCCAUAGCCAAGCCAUUGGAGUAGUAGAGUAGAGAAGGCACGACUGACAUUAACAACAGCAGCAGUCGCAGCAGUAGCACCAAGUGAAGCAGCACUCUAGCAACACAACACGGAGCGCCGCGCACACAACCGGGCUUUCGUUAGUGGUGGUUUUUUGUAUCGUGAACAGUAGGUACAAAAAAAAAAAAUUGUAUUGCAAAAAAAUAAAAAAAAAGAAGGCAAAAAAAAAACGCAUUGGUCUCGUAUACACCGACGACUGCGACUCUGGACUGCUGCGUUGCGGGGUUCUAAUCCACAAAACGUUCGGAACGUCAGUAGUGUCGUCAGUUCGAUACAAGUCGCUGCUGCCUGCUCUCUAGAAAUAUCAUUUUCGAAAUUUUAAACAGCUAAAUUAAAUAAAUAAAAAAAAGAAAGAAAGAAAACAAAAAAAAAAAAUAUUUGUUUUUAUGCAAAAAAAAAGUGAAGUGCAAAAAAAUAAAUAAAGGAUCGCGAAAGGAAAAUAUGUAGAAAAAAUAUGCAUAACUGUUUUUAUUUUUAUACAAAACAAACAAAAUGAUGAAAAAUAUUAAAUAUUGAUGCAACAAACACAAAUGAAACAAAUAAACAAAAAAAUAUAAAUGAUAAUUUUUAAAACUUAGAAAACCCUAAAAAAAAACAUAAAAUUGAUAUCAUUUUUGGUGUGUGUCCUUUUUUUGGCCAAAGUAAAAAACAAAACAAAUUAGAUACAAAUUUUGUAUACUUAAUGUGAAACAAAACAAACAAAAAAAAAAAAAAAAACUAUUUAUACCUAAAUCAAGUGCGGGAAAAUUCAUACAUACUUUCACUUUUUGAUCAAAAUUUUUUGAAUUUUUUUUUUUUAUUUCGGAUUCGUUUCGGUGUUUUUUGUGUGUGAUUUUUUUGGAUUAAAUAAAUUUUGUUCAAUAUUGUACCUAUAAUUGUUGUCUGAUCAAUUUGGUUUAUUUAUAUUUUCAAAAGUUGCCAAUUGUGGUUUUUGUUGCAAAAAAAAAGAAAUUGAAUUUUGUUUAACUAUAUAUUUCGGGAACGAAACAAAUUAAAAAAAAAAAAAAAAAAUGUGUUAAAUGUUUGUUUAUGAAAUUCAGAAAGAUCGGUUGAAUUUUUGUUCUUUUCUUGUUGGAUAUUUAUAUAAAAAUUGUGAAUGAACUUUUGAAAAAAGUUUUUUCGCAAAAACACAAUUCAGCUUUACUGUAUAUAAUACUUAUAAACACCUAUAACAACCGGAAAAGGAUUAUCUUGGAAUUUUCAAAAAAAAAAACAACAACAAACAUUUUGGAGUCGUCCUUUUGUUCAUUGUCAAAGUCAGAACAAUUUUUUUUGUUUGGAUUUUCAUUUUCUCUCUGCACACACAAAUAAAUAAAAAAAAAAAAAAAUUACAAGGAAAAAAAAAAAAGGAACAACAGGAGGCUAAAUAAAAAUUAUUACAACAAAAAAUACUGAUCAAAUAAUAAUAAGAAAGAGAAACUUAUAAAGAAAGGAAACAAAUUAAAAAAAAAAUAAAAUACAUUUGGUGUGAACAUUUUUUGUGCGCUUUAAAAAGGAUUAGUUGCAGUUGCAGCCGCUGCGUUUUAACAAACGCCACCAAACAACGCUGCUGCCGCUUCAAAAACGUGUAUUGUAAGAAAUCACGGAGAAAUCUGGCAACACGGCCAAGAAAAAUUACUAUCUUAUGGAUUGCUGGACGGGUAACGCCCGACUGGCGAGUGUUCUAGUUUAAGCAGCGUAAGCUGUCACCGACAUGGGCAGUGAGCACUACUGCUUGAGGUGGAACAAUCAUCAAUCCAACCUGUUAGGGGUGUUUAGUCAAUUAUUACAGGACGAGAGUCUGGUGGACGUCACGUUAGCUUGUUCUGAGGGCGCCCCCAUCAGAGCCCAUAAGGUGGUCCUCUCGGCCUGUUCAUCAUAUUUCCAGAGCCUAUUUCUGGACCACCCCGAACGACAUCCAAUUGUGAUAUUGAAGGACGUCCGUUUCACCGAAUUGCAAACUUUAGUUGAAUUCAUGUAUAAGGGCGAGGUGAACGUGCAAUAUUGUCAGCUAUCUGCAUUGCUGAAGACUGCUGAAUCGUUGAAGGUUAAGGGCCUGGCAGAGAUGACAAAUCAAAAUACGGCCCUGCGAGAACCUGAACGUGAACCGGACCGCUUGCGGCCACACUCACAACCAAAACCAUCAACCUGCGAUAGCCCUUUGGAUGGUUCAGCUUCAGCGCAUUCAGCUGCCAACUCAACAACAUCGUUGCAUCAUAAUUCAUCGCUAGCGUUGAAACGUGAAUGCACUGCUGCCGACCGCUCCAGUGUGUCGCCUCCAAAGCGACUGCAACAAUCCUCUCCUGUACCGUUAGACCUCUAUCAGGGACGUUGUCCUAGCAAUAGUGGUGUUGGCGGUGGUGGUGUUGGUAGUGAUAUGUCAGCCAUCUCAAUCGGAGGCGGUGCAGCGCGAACAUCAAGCAAUAUUAGCAACAAUAAUAACAGUAAUAUUAGUAGUAAUAGUAACAACAAUAACGAUGAUCCUCCACACCAUCAUUUACUGCACCACCAUCAUCUGCAGCAGCAACAACAACAACAACAGCAGCAACAACACCACUUGGCUACCUCGCCCCGAGAAGACCACGAUCGUGACAGACCAAGUUCCGCUAACGAUGACAAUUCUUCAAAUGAUAACAAGUACUCGAUUGGCAUCAAUAUGAGUCUGAGUGCGAGUACUGCGGCUGCGGCUGUUGCCGCAGCUGCGGCAGCAGCAGCAGCGUCAAAUAGUAGUCAACAAUCGUCAACCUCACAAUCGGUGGUUGUUCCUCCUGUCAACUCGUCCAGUACGUCAACGGCGCCGUCAGCUACUGCAGCCAGUGUUGCCACUGCAUUAUCCUCUUCUUCUGCAGCAAUACCAUCAGACCUCACGAAUCGGCCAUCAUCCGGCAGCGGUGGCGGCGGUGGCGGCAGCAGCGUUGGUAUUGAUCGUCCUAGUAGUAGCGGCAAUCUACCACCAUCUUCUCUAACGCACACGGCCACUUCAUCGUCCAGCAGAUUGGCAAGUCCAACAUUAGCUGGCAGCAAUACCAGUGGCGGCGGUGGUGGCAGUGGAGAACCUGUCGCUGGACCCUCGGGCCUUGGGCCAGUGCAAUCGGUUCCACUGCAGCAUUUUUUGUUACAGUCUCUGAAAAAGGAAAUCGAUUGGGACCGCAACGAUGAGAAGAUGUCAUCUGUCGGCGGCGGUGGUGGCGGUAGCGGUGAUCUUGAUUACCGCACGUCACACGAUUCGGUUGACACGGAGCAUAUUAUACCAAAUUUUGUUCGUUCAAUAACAGCACAUCAAACAAAUAGAUGUCCGACUCCGUUUGCUUUUCCUUUUACACCACUUGGUCUAAGUCUAUUUGAUACAGAUCCGUCCAGAAUAUUAAGUAUGCUACACCAUCAGACGCUAUUAGCGGAAGAAGCUUUGAGAUAUCGAGGUCUUCUAUUCGCGCCCAAAGAUCAUCCGCUCCGUUUCAACUCAAUAAGUGAUAUACUCCCAAAAGACCACCAGGAACUAAUGUCCAAACGUUCACCAACAACAAUGUACAAACACUUGAAUAAUAAUAAUAAUAACAACAAUAACAACAACAACAACAAUACUAAUCAUAAUAAUCGCUAUCCGUCAGCUAUAAGCAUUUACCAACAUCACCAGCACCAUCAUCAUCAUCACCAACAGCAACAACAACAACAACAACAAUUCCAUCAACAAAAACACCAUCAUCACCGUGAUGCAUCACCAAUGGCAACAACAACAACAACAAAUCCAACACCAUCGCCACAACAUCAAUACACUAAAGAUACGCUCCUCGAAGAGCUCAAGCGUAAGUCCGAAGAAACCGUCCAAAGGGAAGAGGAAGAAAUUGAAAUGCUUGAAAAUGGUGGUGGCAGCAUCUUGAGUACCAAUUCCAAUUUGCUAAGUGCUCUUGGCGGCGGCAGUGGCAGUCUUACGUCCAAAGAAACUCUCGGUCAAUAUUUACGCCGUCGUUCGAGUUCAUCGCUGGCCGAUGGACUCCGCUAUAACACCGGUCAUUUGUCAAGUACCGAAACGUCCAGUUGUAAGGAGAAAAGUUCCUCAUCAUCUACCUCGUCGACACCGCCGCCCCUACUACAGCCACCGCCAUCAACAUCAUCGUCCUCGUCAACGUCCACUUCAUCGUCGGCCGCUCAUCUCAAAUCCCUAGCUGAUGCUGCUCUCUUCUCCGAACCCAUCGAAGAAGAGACUCGCUGUGUGGUGUGUAAUGCUAACUUCCCCAAUGUCUGGCUUCUCGAACAACAUGCCGCCCUCCAGCAUGCCAACAUGGGUCCCAACGAUGAAAAACCUUUCAUUUGCGAACAAUGUGGGCAGUCCUAUCGCUAUAGGUCGGCCUACGCCAAACACAAGGAGCAAAAUCAUAGAGCUCGACUGCCAGCCGAUAAGCUAUUCACUUGCGAUGUUUGUGGAAUGCAAUUUAGGUAUUUGAAGUCGUUUAAGAAACAUCGCUUGAAUCACGCCUUGGAGAGGUUGCAUGGAAAGAAAGAUCGCAAGAAUGCCGAUAGCAGUUGCCAGGAUAUGGUAACCAGCUCGAAUGAACAUGUCCCGGAAGAAGGUUGCGAUCUGAGGAUCAAUAUUAAGCGUGAGAAUGAAGAAGAAGAACAAGAUAAUACCAUUGAUUCGGCUGGUGGAAUCUUUCAUGACAGCGCCGCAAGUCAUAUGCUGGAGCAGAGCAUUACCAGCUCAGAAGGAAUUCAUAGUACAAAUAAAAGGCACCGUCUUAUUUCGCCAAUGGAAUCGGAACCCUCCCACCCCACAACAUCGAUCAAUAGCCUCAUCAAUGCCGAACGUAUUCCAAGCGAGCAAUUCCUCGGCCUUAAUCCGCAAGAAGCGUCCAUUUUGAAUUUCUUGCGUGUAGAUGCAGCUGAAAGACAGCGUGACAAACGCCCACAAUCAUCUCGUUUUGCUUGUCCGUUUUGUGGCAAGUGCGUUCGUUCAAAGGAAAAUCUUAAGCUGCACGUUCGCAAACACACUGGCGAACGGCCAUUUGUUUGCCUCUUCUGUGGCCGGGCAUUUGGUGGCAAAUCUGAUUUAACUCGCCAUCUUCGUAUUCAUACCGGUGAACGUCCAUACCAUUGUGAAUCGUGUGGUAAGUGCUUCGCUCGAGCCGAUUACCUCUCAAAACAUUUGACAACGCAUAUUCAUAAUGCCCCACGCUGAGAUGAGGCGCGAAGGAGACGACUCCUUCGCAGAUAAUAAAUUAAUACAAAAUUAAAAUGCAUAAAUCAAAAAAAUUAAGAAUUAUGUGUAAAAAAAAAAAAUAAUUAAAAACAAAUCUCUUCUUUUUGGACAAAAAAUCAAAAAAAAAAAAAAUUAAUAAUUUUUUUUUUAAUUAUAUAAAUAUUUUUGUUUAAACUUAAGGAAAUGCACAUUUUUAAAAAUUUAUAUGUAUACAAUACACGUUUGACACAAAAUUAAUAUUUAAUCAAUUCGUUUUUAAAAUUUUUUAUUGUAAUUAAAUUAAAAUUUAAGUGCGUGUAAUAGGUAAAAAUUAAAUUACGUAAUUGUUAUACAAAAAAAAAAAGAAAUUAUUUCGGAUAUAAAUUGUUUCAAAAACAAAAAUAAUUUAGGAUAAGAUUGAAUUUUAUUGAUAUGGAAAAUUUAAUUUGGUAUCAAAUCACAACACGGAAAAAUAAUUUUUUUAAAAUCUGCUUGCUUUUUUUCUCCAUUUUUUUUUUAGUACAGAAACCGUUAUUUGUUAAUUUUAUGAGAUUUGGAGAAUAUGCAUAUAUUUAAAAUGCCAAAAUGGAGAGCUGAAAUGAAUGCGUUCCAAAUAUUAUAAAGCCGUUUUUCAUUAUAAAAAUGUUUAAUUGGCAUUUACUAACUGAAUUCUAACUCUUACGGCCAUAUUUUUGACUAGUUUAAAAAAUACAUCUGAAUGUAAAGAAAUUGAAAUGUCAAAAAUAAAUCCAAAUCCAUGAUAUUCACUAUCACACAGAGAAAAAAAUAGCUAGUCAUUUUUAACUAUUUUUUAACUAUUUUCAUAGUUAAAAUCGGGAUAACUAGUGAAUAAUAUGGCCGUUAUUGUUUAACUUAUUUACCGUUACAAAUCAAUAACCAUACACAAAUCGCAUACCACUAAAAAUUUCUUGUUUUUAAUUUUGCUGAAAAAGAAUUAAAAAUUCCACAAUAUAUAGCAGUUUGAUGUGAAAUAAUGAAAUGGAUAAUAAGCAUCGUGAGCUGCUGGUUUUCGCAAAAAAAAAAAAAACGAAAUAACAUGUAGUUGAAAAUAAUAUGUCGGUUUCACUUUUUUUUUUAUUAAAAAGGAGUAUCAUGGCAGAAAAAAAGCAGAGAAAAAUGUUAGGUAAUAUAAAACAAUACAGCUGAAAUUAUUUGUAUUAACCUCAAUAGUGUCAAAAAAUUUAACAGGGGUUAACUAUUUAAUGCAAUUCACACACGGCCUAAGAACGAAUAAGAUAUAACUCUUUUUGUGUUAGUUAACAAUUGUUCAAGAAUACAUUCACAUCAAAAUAAUCUCCAAUAAGUCUAAAAACAAGAGAAUAUCAAGAUUUUUCUGUAAACAAAAACAUCGUAAGCACCAUGUGGCUUACGAUAAUUUUGCGGGAAGCACCAAAUUAUAUUGUGAAUUAUGAACAAAAUUCAGUUGUAUUUAACAGAAUAAACGAAUAAGUCAUAACUUUUUUGUGUUAAUCUAAUCAACAAUUGGAACAAGACAACAUUUACAUCAAAAUUGUACCCUAUAAGUCUGAUAACUAAACUAUCGCAAACGCCAUGUUAUUUGCGGUAUUUUGGCGGAAAGGGUUCGAUAUGUUUCUAUGUCCAAAAUCUCCAAAAUUAGUCCGCAUUAUUAUUAAAUGAUGUAUGAAUUACAGUGUGGCGCAAAAUUAUUGUCAUAUGAAUUGGCCACAUGAAUCGUUUUAUAAGAAAUUAAAAAAAAAAAUAUUAAGCUCUGUUUUCCUGAGCUGUUUUUUUUUUUUUUUUCAAAACAUAACAUUUCCCCGGAAGUUUUCAUUCAGAAUGGGGUUGGUUAUGAUAUUACUUUUGCGCUACCCUUUAUAUGGGACAUCAAUCUUAAUGAAUAAUCAAAGUACCCUUUCAUCAAAAUUUCGGUUAUACAGUGCAUUUGCAGUCCUUGUUUGUAGAUUCCGUUUUGACAGUAGUAUUUGAGGAAAAUCAGAACUACCAAAUUUAACUCACAGUCUUCCUUUAUAGAAAUGACAAGGAUACUUUUUCGACUUAUAAUAACUUUACACAAAAAGACAAAUAAUGAUAAUAUGUAUCUAUGAUGUCAAAUUCUGAAUUGUCUGUAUUUAAUGGCAUGCAAUUUCACCCCAAAACAAGAACCUUCUUCUUCCACUUCAAAAAAAAAAAACAAUUGCCAUACUUUUGAGUAGGUACUAAGUUAAAAAUCAAACAAAAAAUAUAAAAUCUAGCCUAGAAUAAAGUCAAUUCAAUGAAAUGGUGAUUGAAAAUAACUUUCAUGAAAACAACUCAAAGGAGUUAAGAUCAUUUUAUGCCCAAAAGUGGUUUUCAAUAACUCUCUCUUACAAAAGUUCAACGAUUUAAACUUCUUACACGACAUUUGUACCUUUUUGUUACGAAAAUUCUGGAACUCUAGUGUAAGAAUGGUUUUUUUUAUUUGUACUAUGCAAUAAAUUAUCCACAGUAUCACCACCAUAAUUUUUUAUUUGAAAAUUAACUUGUAGAAUCUAAUAUUUUUGCAACAUGUACUACUACUUUUUUUUAAGUUUUAAGUUUUUUAAUCAUCUCAUCAGCAUCCGUGAUACCAAAAUAAAUUUCCAAUCAAUAUUUCAAUAAACGUUAAGCUAAAAUUUUAAAUCAAACCUACAAAAAUAAUUGGUGUCUGGGUCGAAAUUUAAAUUUAUAAAUUAAUUGUAUGGUGUUUUAUUGAAAUUUUGUUUAAUAAGGAAAAAAUAUAAUUUUAAUUGGAUUCAAAAUUUUAAUUUAGUUUUUAUGAUUUAAACAAAAAUUUAAAAAAAUGCAAAAAAAAAUUAUGUUAAACACAAAAAUACAUCACGGAUGAGAGUUUGUUUUCAAAAGAUCAAAACUAAAAUAAAAUUGCAAAACAAAAAAAGAAGAGAAAAAUAAAAACUACAAACAAAAAAAAAAUAUUUAAAACCCAAACAAUCUUUGGUUUCAACUUUGUAUAAUCACAACAACAAACAAAACAAACUUUUUUAGCAAUAGAUUUUAAAAUAAAAUACAAAAAAUAAAAUUAAAUUAUUUCUAUUACAAAUUUAUUUACAACUCAAUAAAAAAACUACAAAAAUCAAAAACACUAUAGACAAACAAACAAACAAAAUAGAAAUUUAAAGCAAAACUUAAUGUUAUAUAUUACAGUUUUUCAUUGUUAUAUUUAAAUAAAAACUAUUUACACAAAAAAAAAAUACAACAAAACGCGCCAAUAAAUCAAAUAAAACAAAUUAAAAAAAAAAACAAUAGCUUAGAUAAUAUUUAUUGAAUGUAUACUUAAAGUGCCCUCCCCCACGAAUAAAUAAAAUCAAUAGACCCAACGUUUUUAUUAAUUUAUAAAUUUAAACUUAAAAAAACAGUUUAAAAAAAUAAAAAAAUUGUAAAUUUUUUUACAAACAAAUUAUAUUUAAAUGUUAAUGCAAUUUUUUUUUUUCUCAAGUAUAAUUUCCAUCUUGUUUCCAUAAUUAUACUUUAAAUAACUGUUAACUUAAACAACAACAACAAAAUAAUUAUAAACUGUGAUUUCUACACUGCAAUAGUACUACUACAACUAAGGAAAUAAGUUACUAAUACAAUAAAAUGCUAUUUGAGCAUAUACUUACUUAUACUAUAAAUUGCUACGCUAAGCCCUCCUAUUGAAGAUAAUGUCUGUAAGCUUCUUUGGUGUUAACUUGUUAAACACAAAAAAAAAAUAGUUAAUAGUUCUACUACUUUUUUUCUAAAUAAUUGUAAGAAAUUCUACUACUUUUUUAUACAAAAAAAAAAUAAUAAAAGAUCUAUUACUUUUUUUUGCUAUUUUUUUCCUUUAAAAAAAACAUAAAACUUUAAAUAAAUAAAAUUUACUAAUUUUAUAUUUUCUUGAAAAAUAUUAAGUCCAUAAAUCAAUAUUUACACCAUUCAAAGCGAACAGAUUUAUCUUCAACCGCCUAUAAACAUAAAAUAGAAUAAAAUAAUUUUACUACAAAACAAUUACAGCAAAUAGAACUUUAUUACAAUUUUUUAAUAGCAAAUCUAAUUUAUAUUUUGUAAUUUAAACAAAGAAAAAGAUUAUUUCAAACUGAAAAAAAAAAAAUUAAAAUCAAACAAAAAAAAAACAACUAACAAAUACUCUGAACCAAGAACAUCGAAUACCAUGUAGUUUCAAUAUUAUAAACUAAAAAAAAAACUUAACUUAACAAUUGCCGAACCAAUAAAACAAAAAAAAAUAAACUAUAUUAUAUACAUAAAAAAAAUAAAUACUUAAACCCGAAGUUAAAAUGUUCACAAAAAUAAAAAAUAAUAAAUGAAAAUAUUUAUUACAACAAAAAAUAAAUAUGUAAAAAAAAGCAAAAGAAGAACAAAACUUUCACUGUGCCAAAAUAUGAUGUACCUCAUAAAAAUAGUAAUUUAAAACAUAAACCAUAAAAAAUAAACAAAAAUAAAUGUGUAAAAUUGAGAAGAAUGUAAUAAACAACAAUAGUAAAAAAAAAAUAGAAUAA